AUGCCGCAGCAGCAACAGCAACUGUUGCUGCUGCUGCUGCUGCUGCUGCCCUUCCUGCUGUCUCUGCUGGCCCUCCCCUGCCCUGCCUCCGUCUCCACUUCCGCGGGCGGGCGCCCCGAAGACCAGCAGCAGCAGCAGCAGCAGCAGCAGCAGCAGCAGCAGCAGCAGCAGCCUCCCCCCCAGCAGCAGCAGCAGCAGCAGCAGCCUCCCCCCCAGCAGGAGCAGCACUUGGACUUGGCUGAGGCGCGCAGCCCAUCGGGGUUGCCGGAAGGCGCAGCCUCGGCCGCCGCCGCUGCUGCGCAGCACUCCCAGCAGCAGCAGCAGCAGCAGCAGCAGCAGCAGCAGCAGCAGCAGCUGCUGCUGCGGGAGUUCGUGGCGCUGGGGGACCCCGCGGACACGCAUGCAGUGGUGGUCUCGAGCUCUCGGCAGUGGCUGAACUUCCGGCAUAUGGCCAACGCUCUGGCUUUCUACAAAAGUCUGAAACAACAAGGAAUAAAAGACAAAAAUAUAAUUCUGAUGAUCUCCGGAGAAGACGGGCCCUGUUCGCCCCGCAGCGCCUUCCCCGCCGGGGUGUACAGACACCGCAGCCGCGCGCAGAACCUCUUCGGCGGCCACGACGCCUGCGCCGCGGCGCUGCAGCAGCAGCUGCAGCAGCAGCAGCAGCAGCAGCAGCAGCAGCAGCAGCAGCAGCAGCAGCAGCAGCAGCAGCAGCAGAAGCAGCAGCAGCAGCAGCAGCAGCAGCAGCAGCAGCAGCAGCAGCAGCAGCAGCAGCAGCAGCAGCAGCAGGAGGGGGGGGAGUGCGCGCUGUUUGGGGAGGGGUGGGAAGGCGCGGAAGUGGACUACAGCGGAGAAGCAGCAAGCGUGGAGGCGCUGCUGCGGGUGCUGCUGGGUGUACAUACACCCGAGACGCAGCAGCAGCAGCGGCUGCGCAGCAGCAGCAGCAGCAACUUGGUGGUCUUUCUGACGGGCCACGGCGGCAACGAGUUCCUCAAGUUCAGCGACUGGCAGACGCUGCAGCAGCAGCAGCUUGCUGCUGCAGUGCAGCGCAUGCAGCAGCAGCAGCGCUUCCGCCGGCUGCUGCUGAUCGCCGAGACCUGCCAGGCCGCCACGCUGCUCUCGGGUGUACGUACACCCCAAGUCCUCAGACUCUCUUCUUCCCUAAAAACUGAAAGUAGUUAUUCUUACUUUUCAGAUUCUGCAAUGGGCACUUCUUUGGUGGACCGCUGGACCCACUCAGUGGUCAACUUCCUCAACCUCCACGCCAACCGCCACGCUGCUGCUGCUGCUGCUGGACAGCUUGGACCCCAACUUCCUCAUGUCCAGGUGUGGGGUCGAGGAGGAACCGAUCCCGGGAUCGAUCCCGGGGUCGAUCCCCGGAUCGAUCCCGGGAUCGAUCCCGGGAUCGGCCACUCCCCUCACGCAGCUGCCCCUCGAGGUCUUCUUCUCCGACAGACGCAAACCCGUCGCCUACAACUUCGCCUAUCCUGCUGCUGCUGCUGCUGCUGCUGCUGCUGCAGCGGGGGACACCACUGCAGCAGCAGCAGCAGCAGCAGCUGCUGCUGCUGCUGCUGCUGCUGCUGCUGCUGCCCGCUGCACCUGUGGCACUCCGAGGCCCUUAGAUUCUUUCCUGCGCUCAAUGCGCCCAUGCAGCAGCAGCAGCAGCAGCAGCAGCAGCAGCAGCAGCAGCUGCACCAGCAACACCAGCAGCAGCAGCAGCAGCUGCUGCAGCAGCAGCACUUUGAAUGGGUAGACCCAGCGGUGGCCGCUCCUCUUGCUGCUGUUCUUGCGGGGGUUGCUUGUGUGGCAACUGCAGCCUCUCUUUGA